AACAUUUUAAACGCGCACACAAAAGGUCUAUGGCAAUUCGGGUUCCAACAAACGAUGCUGCGACAUGAUCUGUGAACGGAAGCAGAAAUAAAAUUACUGUCUCAGGUAUUGUUGGCAUACACUUCUCUGAUACUACGGUAUUUUGAGUAAGAAUGACGAAUUGCCACUUUUUCGCUGCCAACGGCUAUAGUCACAGCCUUUUGUCUGUUACACCGGCGUUUUGUGAAAAGAACGCGCAGGCUUUUGCGAGACUGCUUAGUGCUACUUUACCAGGCAAUUGUGAAUCUUUGACAAAAAAAUAAAAAAAAUCCAACUAGUGUCGGUGCCAAUGGAAACAUCAAGUACCCAUCCUACUUCAGUUACUCUGGAUGUUCAAAGGGAAUUAACAAAAUGUCUUUUUUAUCGUAAGUGGCUCAGGCUGUUAACAACUUCGGUACUGCUUCCCCUGUCGCUAUCGAAUUUUCUUUGGUCGGCGCUCUUAAGAAAGUAUCCCGAGUCUUUGGUGCUCCAAAAUUGUUUCAAUAUAUGCUUACUGUUAAUGGGUUUUGUUCAAUUCGUUUACGAAAUAGUAGUAUUUUUGAGCUUGGCGAAAUUAGAAGAACGUUUAAAAAAAUAUAACAAGACGGAAUACGAAUUGCCUCAAUAUGAAGAAACAUCUACCGCGGCUAAGUCUACCAGUAUUGAAUACGUGGAGGAAUACCAUAACGACGACUAUCUAUUACUGAAUGCUUUACAUAAUCGCUUAUGCACUAUAACGGGGUCUGGAUGUUGUGUGCCUGCUUUAUAUUCUAUGUGGUAUAUAAUUUUAGUUGAUGAUUAUUCUUACGAACUAAUCUGUUUUCUUUUUGGGAUAAUUACUUCUUGUUUUUUUUUGAUGCAUAUUUUUUUCCUGUGGAAUCCUGUCAGAAUAAUAGCACAUCCUUUAGCAAUCCAACUUUGAACGGUGAAAACAUUACACUUGUGUUCGGUUCAAGGGCAUAACUUUCGUCUGUCUAAAUUUCACUGGUCUAUAAAGUGCACUCGAUAUAAGGAAUAAUCAUAAAGCGAGAAAAAGUGUAUACUAAUAUGUAAUCCCAUUGUCAAUUGAACAAGAACAAGAAGCAUGCAGUUAAAUUACUAAACUGUGUAUUACCAUGCUAAAAUUUAACUGCAGUACUAGCCACUGUGAUGUUUCAUUCGCUCUUCUUCAAUUGAGAUUCCAUACCCUGCACUUGGGCAACAUUUUAAACGCGCACACAAAAAGUCUAUGGCAAUUCGGAUUCCAUCAAUUAUUUUAUUGUAUCUCUCUUUGUCAAACUUUCUAUGGUCACGGUUAUUGAGGAAGCACACCGAUUUCUUGUUGCUUUUGCUAGUUUCAGGUUCAUGUAUCAUGGGUUCCUGGUCUAUUCAAUUAUAUUUCAUGUCAUUCAUGCCCCAUCCUGCCAGUAAGAAGAAAGUCAAUAAAAAGCUUAAUCCACAGCCGCCUUAUGAAAGUCCAUGAAGCACGACAAAUCAAACAAAUGUUUAGUAAAUAACUUUUGACUCACUUUUCUUAACGUCUAUAGAGUGACUUUAUGAAACUGAUCUAUCAAGCAGGUCCGUAGUAACAUUCUUCUCGCCUUCAAGUCACAGAGGUUCCGCAGUUUCAUGCUGAUCAAACAACCGUCGUCGUACAGCUUGCGAAAUCGAUACUCUUUGUCGCUUGUUGCGAGCCCUGUUCUACGAAUUCAUAGGCGUCCGACUAACGAGACCCCCUAGCUGCGCAUCACAAUUAGAAAUGAAACUAACUUAGAACGUCCCGAGAACACAAUGAUCUUCAUUUGAUCUUCAUUGAAUCAUUGCCGUCUACAAGCUCUAAACCCUGCAACUCUGUACAUGCUUGAAGAGUAGUUACUAUGAAAUUUGAACAGAUUCCUAUGCCUAACCCAGGACACAUUUAUAUUCAUUUAUAUAGAC